GUAUUAUUCGUAUUUCGUUCGUUGCCGGCGACGGUCGUUUUGGUGUGAUUCCGUUUACUUUCUUUCAUCUCACUCGUGCUCUCGCUCUCGCUCGCUCGCUCAUUCUUUCGCAUUCGAGUGUCACGAGAAAAGUGUGCGUACUGUGUGUGUAGUGCAGGUUUGUAUUUUAUCCGGUGCAUCGUUCUACGUUCCGGUACCGAAAGCAAAGUUCGCGUCCAGUUUUUUUGUGAUAACGAGCAAAGAUAUUGCCAUACCACAUCACAUCAGCAGUACACAGCCAUCGCCCGGUGUACACCGCAACCCCUCACGUUCCCCGUUCGUCCGGUCCCGUUUUUUGCAUCGUUCACGUGCGGCAAAGCUGGUCAUUCUAGUAGUAUUCGCGUGUAGAUUUACAGGAACAAGCAGCAGUACAGCAUACAGAAAUUACUUAACAGUGGUUGUGAGUGUGUUUUAGUUGUGUCCAACUAAGAAGUGAAACAAAAGAAGAAGGAAAAAAAACUUCGAGCUCGAGAUUCUCCUGUGGUGGAAAUAAACUUUUAAAGGCAAGCGAGUGCUCCGAACGUCACCUUGACAUUCGCCGAUCGGUUCGUGUGCUGUCCCAGGUGCUGAAAGUCGGAACUCCCUGCCCACCAACCAACGUCCGUUGCAAAAUGUGGUCCGGUUUUGCAGACUACGUAGCAGAAGCCUGACACGAUACGUGCAUCUUCUACUGAGUGCGAUCGCGGUCCGGUCGUAAGCGAAAGGAAGUUCCACCGGUGCCCCUGUGCAGCGGUAGUGUGCGAUCCGUGUCCGAUCCGGAAACAAACGAAAGUGUACCUUCCAACCCCGCCGCCACCCGCGGGUGCAACGUGCUGCCUGUCGUUCGGCUUGAUGAGAACGCACCCGUCCGUACGGGGAGGACCGAGAAACGCUAGGAGCGGCCAGUUACACGCACUGCUAGCAACACUUAUGCAUAAUAUUCGGGUUAACGCGACCACCGAAUCUGCCACCCACUGUCUCCGGUAUAUGCCCAAGGAUCCGCGGCUUAGAUCGACAGGAAGACCCGAUCCCCGUGGGACAAUACCGUUCAACAGCAUCACCACCAGCUUAAGCAGUAGCGAUAGUAGUAGUAGUAGUAAAGCUACCAACACCACCAGCAUCGCGAUCGUUCGUCGCUUCCGUCGUGCCGUUUGUGCCCGUGACAGAAAGACCAUCCGUAGUAAUAUCCGUUCCAUCGUCGACGACGCCACCGUACGCGUCCGUUCGGGGCGUCAGCUUCUCAGCGACACCUUGACCUGCCUUCCGUCGGUUAAACAGCUGCCGAGCGGUGUGUAAGUGGUGAUCGUGUAAGUCGGACGUCGAGAACACAACAACUGCCGUUUAUAUAUACUCUGCGCAACCGACCAAAAACUGCUCGAAUCCACCAUGGUGCUCGAAAUACGCGUUACCGAUCCGUCGGAAAAGUCGAUCACACCGGAACGGGUGAAACCACCGUUGCUGGCGGAAGAGAUGGAAGAUCGUCGGAACAAUAAUAGCCGCCAUUCGCCCGGCCGUACCCCGGUACGAAUCGGGCGCGAUGAGCUCGAAGCGAUCAAAACCAACCUGCUCAACACGAACGAGGUGACGUUCUGUACCGUGCUCGAUACGGAUCUUGGUCCACCCGGGUCGCCCGGUUCGGGACGCGGGAACUAUGGCAAGAACUUGAGCAUGGCACAGCUGAAGGUGCCUGGUGCUGGUGGUGGUGGUGGUGGUGGUGCUGCUGCGGGCGGUGAUGAUGGCAGAGAUGGUGGUCGUCGUACCCGCCUCAUUUCGGAACUGUCCGAAGCGGACUCGAUACUGUCCUCGUUCCACGAGCCGGAGAAGAAGAAGCCGCACAAAAUCCCGGACGGUGGCUAUGGGUGGGUGAUCGUGUUCUCGUCCUUCAUGAUCUCGCUGAUCAUGGACGGUGUUUCGUUCUCGUUCGGAUUGAUCUACACCGAGCUGCUGGAUUACUUUGGCGAAUCGAAAUCGAAGACGGCCUGGAUCGGAUCGCUCUUCAUCGCCGUACCGCUGCUGUCCGGACCGAUCAUGUCCAAUCUGGUGGAUCGGUACGGGUGCCGGAAAAUGACCAUGCUCGGUGGAUUCAUCGGUGGCAUGGGAUUUGUGCUCGCUUCCUUCUGCCAGUCGGUCGAACAGCUUUACUUCACCUUCGGCAUACUGUCCGGUGUGGGGCUCGGAUUCGGUUACGUGACCGUAGUCGUCUGCGUGGCGUUCUGGUUCGAUAAGAAACGCACGUUCGCGACAGGUAUCGGCGCGUCCGGUACGGGCAUCGGUACGUUCGUGUACGCUCCACUCUGCCAGUGGCUAAUCAACAACUUCGGAUGGCGUGGAGCAACCCUCAUCCUGGCCGGCACCCUGUUCAACAUGGUCGCCAUGGGUGCGCUGAUGCGCGAUCCCGAGUGGAUGAUCGAGGAAAGUAAGCUGGAAAGUCGAGCGCAAAGUAUCCAGACGUUCUCCAACUCGAGCGUCUAUCUGGACGAGAUCAAGAAGCUCAUCGAGACGGGCAUCCCGAAGGAGCACGUGCUGGACACGCUCGUGACGAACGUAAACACGGAAGCGAAUCAGGUCAUCCCGCCGGACGAUUCUACCAUUAACAAGAGGUAUCAGAGUGAGGUCGCACUGCCAACGUUCUUCAGCGAACAGGAGCAGCAUGGUGCACGUGGCACCGGGAAUCUUCACGCCAGCAAUCGCUCCCUUCGUCACAACGUCCUCACCAAGGAAGCGUUCAAGCGCAGUGGACGACUGGCACAAGCGAAAGCACGUCUAGCCAGCACGGAAACGCUCAACUCGUACGAGAAGCUUUCCGACGAAGACGAUGAUGAUCGCCACGAGCAGCAUCCGGAUGGGAUAAGCCUGGGAAUUCGUGCUUCGUUGAAAACGCUAAGCGUAGCCUCGCUGGAGGAUGGAUAUCUGAGCGUAAAACGACAGCAAGAGCUCCACGUCAAGGCGGGCGGAAGUACCUGGUCUUUGGAUGAGCUUGCACUGGCCGGAUCACUGGUCGUUCCCGCGCCCCACACCGAUGGUACGCCCAGCGGGGGUGAUGGUAGCCGGGCGGAGAAAUGUCGCAGCUUCCGGGGCAAUUCGCUCGAUGUGGUGUACGAGAACGAAAUCUUCAACCCGAACGUAGACACAAACGUUACGCUCGUAGUUCCGAAGCAGACGAAGCUGUUGCAUCAGCGAGCGGUCGCGCCACGCGGUGGCGGGCUUAAGAAGCAGCAUUCGCUGGGGCGUCAGCAUUCGAUGCGUUACUCGAACUUUUACAAAGACAUGCGGCUGCAUCGGAACUCGAUACAUUACCGCGGUGCGCUGCUCAACACCCACCGGUACCGGUUGAAGGCGUCCUCGUGUCCGAACAUCUAUCGCAACUCGAUGACGACGAUCGCCAAGGAACAGGAUGAGCCAUGGUACGGAAGCUUCAUCGAUACGCUGAAAUCAAUUUUCGAUUUUUCGCUCUUCUUCGAGUUCCGGUUCGGUAUGCUCUCCAUCUCGACGUUGCUUCUGUUUGUUUGGUACAUCAUUCCCUAUUUCUACAUCCCGGAGUACGUACUGAACUACAACUACAGCGAGCAGGACGGUGCGAACCUUAUCUCUGUGAUCGGUAUUACCAACACGAUCGGCAUGGUCGGACUCGGCUGGCUCGGUGAUCGACCAUGGGUGAAUGUUUCCAAGACGUACGCCGUGUGUCUGGCAUUAUGUGGUGCCUCGAUCUUUGUCAUGCCGUGGGCCAUCUCCAGCUACCCGGCGAUGGUGGUCCUGUGCAUCAUCUUUGGCUUCACCUUCGCCAGCACGUUCUCCUUCACGCCCAUCAUCAUGGUGCGGUUGGUGAGCUUGGACGAUUUUACCGUCGCGUACGGGCUGGUGCUGCUGGUGCAGGGCAUUGGCAGCCUGGUCGGACCACCGAUCGCUGGCUUCCUGUACGAUGUGACCAACCGGUGGGACGAUUCGUUCUACGCGGCCGGGUUCUUCAUCUUCCUGUCGGGCGUGUGCGCUUGGGCGAUUGGUGCGCUAAAACCAACGCCGGACGAUGCGGACGAUGCGGACGAUGGGGAGAAGGAAAGUGAUGCUCUCAGCUCAACGGUCACGGCCUAAGCGAACGGGGGCUGUGUGCCGCCAACUGUGGUGCCUUUUGUACUUAUAAAUGAAACGAGUGUGUGGUCGUUCUCAGAGCAAGAUAGUAAGACAUUCAGCGUUUCAUAUCACGACGGUGUGUUCACGCAUCUCCUUACAUGGUUAGCGCUUUUCCAUUUCAUCGUUUUUUCUAACUCCCCGCCCCUUCUGGAAGGACAACACGAAAGCAAACGAAUGGACUACCUCAAAAAACAUGUACUUUGCAAUCAGCGGCAUCGUAGUAGUAUUCCCCUCGAGAUAGAUAAUCGCGCUUUUAUGUUUCUGGUUUAAACGUUGUUACAGGAGGGACAGAUAGGGGGAAAAAAGCAUAAAAAAAGGUAUGCAAUACACCAGAACAAAAGCUCCGUAGAACAACGAACGUCAAUCGUUAAUGCCUUAUUAAAGAAGAAGUAAAAAAAGCAGUACAUUAUGCCUAGAAGGGAAAGUAGUUAAAACAAAACGCGUGAAACUUAAGAGACAACCCCUCGUGUUCUAAUAUUUGGAAGAGAGAAGGAGAGAGAGAGAGAGUAAAUUUAAAACAAAACAUGAUACAAUCUGUUAGGAGUUGCUAAACUAUGAUAACAAAUAGAGCAGACAAGUAGAGCUUUCGCGCGCUUUUAUGCACCGGUAAGAGGCACUUUAGAGGGGAGAAAAAAACUUUGCCGAGCGCAUGAGGAGCUUCCGUGACCAAUGUUGUCCUCAAAGUUAUUUAGUGGCACCUUAAGCUAGCUCGUCCAUCCGGGACCAUCAUACCCUAGGCAACCAGGUCAUAUUUUCGAGCCCAAGCCCUUUCUGUGGUGGUGCCGGUUACUAUACACUUGUUUUUUUUUUUUGGGGCUAACGGCCCAGUAAGUUACUGUAAGUAGUAGACACACUUAAAAACACACACACAAAAAACAGGGCUCUUGUUGUGAUUGUACUUUGUGUACUUGUAGAACAAUUUUUAUGUUUACCUAUCGUUUACGUGGUUUUUGCUCCCUCACUCUCUCUCUAUACACGUUUUGUUCGGGUUUAGAUGAUUAGAUAAUUCAUUCGAGGGCACGAGUUAGGUUUUUUUUUUUUAAAUUUCGUACUUACUUUUAAGAUGUGUUUUUACAACUAGGUAGAAAAUAAAACUCUCCAAUCGAUCAUCA